AGUCCUUUGAGAAAACUCCUUGCUUAUUCACCCUCCUGCUUCAGCCCAGCCCUUGGAAGUUUCCUUCUGCCAGGCAAAACCUCAGUGAGAGGGGAGCGAAGAUGAAAGCCUGUGCUCCUUUUGCUCUCGUCUUGGCUCUGGCUCUGAGCGGUGCCUAUAUGAAGAAGCACCACAAAUCUGGGGCAGGAAGAGGCUCAAAACACGAGUUCACUCGCCUACAAGUGUUUACAGAGGAUGGAAAUUUAUGCACAUUUCCUUUCCGGUAUGGUGGAAGGCUUUAUCACUCGUGUUUAUCAAAUCUGUUUUCCCGAAAGAAAUGGUGCUCAACAACACGUAACUACGACCGGGACAGGAAAUGGGGGUACUGCACGCUGCUAUCCACAGAGCACUCAGAUUACUGUGCAAACAACCCUUGCCAAAAUGGAGGGACCUGUUUUCUUGCUCAUGGUCAUAGGACGUACCACUGUGCCUGUCCCGAGGAAUUCACGGGAAGAGACUGUCAGAUGAAGAAAUGUUUUGAUGACAGUCUCUAUGAGUUCUUUGAUGUGGACGUGAGCUGGUCGAGAGUCAAACAAGGAGCUGUGGAGCAGUGCAUUUGUGUGGAUGGGCAGACGGAGUGCCAGAGAGUUGAACACAAAAGUUGUGUUCAUGAUCCUUGCAUGAAUGGCGGAGAAUGUAAAACGAUUGCCUUCAGCGGGAGAACCGUGUGUGACUGCAAAGAACCUUUUGUAGGAAAGUACUGCAAUAUUGUUCCUAAUCAUCACUGCUAUCGUGGCAAUGGCACUGAGUACAGAGGUACAGCCAAUACGACCAUUUCUGGACAUAGCUGCUUGCCUUGGAAUUCAGACUUACUCUACCGGGAGCUUCAUGUUGACAGCGUUGAGAAAGCAGUACAGCUAGGCUUGGGGCCCUUCCCUUACUGCAGAAAUCCAGAUGAAGAUGAGAAGCCAUGGUGUUACAUCAUGAAGGACAACAGUUUGUCUUGGGAAUACUGUAACAUUCCAUCUUGUGCAAGCAGGGAAAGGAGGCCACCAGUUCCAGAAGAUAUUGACACUUUUGCAGUUGCCAGAAGGCCAUGUGGGAGAAGACAUAAAAAAAGAAGUUUUGUGAGACCUAGGAUUAUUGGAGGUUCUUCAUCUUUGCCUGGAUCUCAUCCCUGGACAGCAGCUAUAUAUAUUGGAGAAAGUUUCUGUGCUGGAUCUCUUAUUCAGACUUGCUGGGUUGUGUCAGCAGCACACUGCUUUGCUAACAGUCCUCAUAAAUCCUCUAUUAAAGUUGUUCUUGGUCAGCACUUCUUUAAUAGAACGACUGAUGUAACGCAAACAUUUGAAAUAGAGAAAUACAUCUUAUAUCCUCAGUAUUCAGUGUUCAGCCCUACUGAACAUGAUAUUGCCUUGAUUAAGCUGAAGAAGAAUGGCCAACGUUGUGCCGUCAAAUCCCAGUUUGUUCAGCCCAUCUGCCUGCCAGAAACUAACACAGUUUUCCCCGAUGAGUUCAAAUGUCAGAUUUCUGGAUGGGGACACAAACACGAGAAUAUAACUGGAUACUCAGAUGUACUGCAAGAAACAUUGAUUCCACUUAUUCCUGAGGAAAAGUGCAGAAGCCCUGAAAUUUAUGGAACAGAAAUCAGUGAAAAUAUGUUCUGUGCUGGCUACUUUGACAGCAAAUCUGAUGCUUGUCAGGGAGAUUCUGGUGGACCUCUGGCCUGUGAGAAAAAUGAAAUCUCUUACCUUUAUGGAGUCAUCAGCUGGGGAGAUGGCUGUGGCAGAGUCAACAAGCCUGGAGUAUAUACAAGAGUAACAAACUAUGUAAAUUGGAUUAAUGAGAGAAUAGCCCCUCGAAAAACUACUUGAACAUUUAACUAUGAUAUUUCAAGCAGGGUCCAGCUUUUGGUUUCAUUAAAGUGGCAUAAAUAUUUUAUUAUAAGUUAGUAUGAAAAUUAUUGUGAUAAUUCUUAGAAAUUCCAAACCAGACCACUAAAAAUAGUCUUCAUCCCUCUGAUAUCAGUAACUCUGAGCUGCAGUUUUAGGGCUGUGGAUAGCUCGUUGUAUGAGAUUGUCUUUAUUUGGCUUAAUAGAACUAAUACGUCGAGACUGAGUGUACUGACAUUAUCUUUUGGUGGAUUAUGUGAAAAUAAUUAUUUAAAAGUUUCUGGUGGAGCUGUCAUCCCCUAAAACAACCUGUAACAAUGUUGACCUUGUAUUUUCAGAUAAGUUAACAAAAUAAAAAGGAGGAACACCAAAAAGAAAAUUAUCUUUCCUUCAGAAGUGAUUUCUUUAAAGUUCAGGUUGAAAGAUGUCAGCAGAGUAAUAUAGGUGAAGAUGCUCCUCAGCUAACUACAGUAAACUACUUCUGGGAAGAAAACAGAGUAUUUAGGGUUUGAUUCAAAACAUGUAAGCAUAUUUUUAUGUUGCAAUAAAAAUAGAAAUAGGAACAUGCUUCAGAGCUCUGCUGAAUUUGGUGUGCAAUUUUCCAGCAAAGUUAAUGCAACACCUGCUGAAAGCACAAAGCUUAUUGCUGAAAAAAUGUUAAAGUUGGUAGAUAUGAUUGUUCAACAACAGGUUAUUUAACUGUUUAGAUAAUACAGAAAAAGGAGGGUUCUAUUAGGUAUUUAAACUUGCAUGGUUGGUGGAGCAGCUUGACAUUUUGCUUGGGAAUCAGUGGUAAUCAUAAACCACAUGCCUUGUUGAUAUGGUCAAAGGAAUUAUUACAAUAUGCAGCUGUGUAGUUGGCUGUGUUAGCAAAAACGCUGAAAAUGUUUCAGCAUAGAACAGGUCUAGUCUCAAAAAGAAGAAAAAAUUCCAACUUUCUUAGUACAGGGACCUUUAGUGAUAUCAGAUGUGUACAUCCGGAAGUACUGACGUGAUAUGUUUUUCUUCUUUAAUAGUGAAAGUUUUAGGUGUUUCAAGCAAAGCUAUUCCUUAAGAUAUAGAAAUAUAAACUUGGAUACUUGGUGCUUGGAUACUCAGAUAAGUGUUUUGUUUUAUAAUACUGCCAGUGUCCUCAUGGAUUUCUUAGUCACGGUGAAUGACAUGGUCCUUCACCACACCUUUCUCUCUAAUUUGGAGAGGUAUGGAUUUGAAGGAUGGACUGUUCUGUGGGUUAGGAAUUGUUUGGCUGGAUGCAGCCAAAGGGUCUGUGUCAGGAUCAAUGGGUCUGUGUCAGGGUGGAGGCCGGUCACAAGCGGUGUACCUCAGGGGUCGGUCUUGGGACUGGUGCUCUUCAGCAUCUUCAUCAGUGACAUACGUGAUGGCAUCGAGUGCACCCUCAGCAAGUUUGUGGGUGACACCAAGCUGAGUGGUGCAGUCAAUACAUUGGAAGGAAGGGAAGCCAUCCAGAGGGACCUGGACAGGCUGGGGAAGUGGGCCCAUGUGAACCUAAUGAGGUUCAAUAAGGCCAAGGGCAGGGUGCUGCACUUGAACCAAGGCAAUCCCAGGUGUUUAUACAGACUAGGAGAAGAACCCCUUGUGAGCAGCCCUGCAGAGAAGGACUUGGGGGUCCUGGUAGAUGAGAAGCUGGACAUGAGCCAGCAGUGUGCACUUGCAGCCCGGAAGGCCAACUGUGUUCUGUGCUUCAUUAAAAAGGGGUGGCCAGCAGGGAGAGGGAGGUGAUUGUUCCCCUCUACGGAGCUUAUGUGAGGCCCCAUCUGGAGUACUGGGUCCAGGCCUGGGGCCCCCAGUACAGGAAGGACGUGGAGCUCUUGGAGCAGGUCCAGAGGAGGGCCAGUGAGAUGAUCAGAGGGCUGGAGCACCUCUCCUGUGAGGAAAGGUUGAGGGAACUGGGCUUGUUUAGAUUGGUGAAGGCUCCAGGGAGACCUCAUUGUGACUUUCCAAUACUUGAAGGGAGCAUAUAAACAGGAGGGGCAAUGACUGUUUAUGAGUGUGGAUAGUGGUAGGACAAGGUGGAACAGUUUUAAACUGAGACAGGGGAGGCUUCGGUUAGAUAUUAGGAGGAAGUUUUUCACUCAGAGGGUGGUGACACACUGGAACAGGUUGCCCAAGGAGGUUGUGGAUGCCCCAUCCCUGGAGGCACUCAAGGCCAGGCUGGAUGUGGCUCUGGGCAGCCUGGUCUGGUGGUUGGCGACCCUGCACAUAGCAGAGGGGUUGAAACUCAACGAUCAUUGUGGUCCUUUUCAACUGAGGCCAUUCUAUGAUUCUAUGAUCUCUAAAGUUAAAAUAAACUUUAUAAGGAAGAAUAACCAAAAUUUGAAUUUCUGUAAGUACAAAGAACAGUGCUCAUCCAGAUAAGUGAUAUAAACUGCAAUGCUGUGAUUCUAUAGUAAAUAAAAACAUUUACCCUCUGUC